AUGAAGGUCUUCUCUUCCGGCUGCACCUUCAACUACUCAUGGGACGAGGUAUCGACUGCCAACUGGCGCAAGUACUGUCCCUGGAACGAUAAGUCUACACACGUCGUGGGCGUCGACACGCUCUCCCGAACAGUCGACCCGAGCACUGGCAUUCUGCGAACUGAGCGUCUGAUCACAUGCAACCAAUCCGUACCACAAUGGGUUCUUUCACUUCUCGGUGGAACGAACACCUCCCACGUUUACGAAGUUUCCUACGUCGACCCCGUCGCCAAGAAGGUGACCAUGUGCUCCACCAACCUCACCUGGUCAAACGUCCUCAGCGUACGUGAGACGGUUGUCUACCGCCAGUCCCCCAUCGAUCCGGCCACCACGACCGAAUUCACCCAAGAAGCGAAGAUCACUGCUCUCUGCGGUGGCUGGCAGAAGAUCAAGAACAAGGUCGAAGAGGCAAGCGUGGAUCGAUUCCGCGAGAACGCCAAGAUCGGCCGCGAGGGCUUCGAGACCGUCCUUGAGAUGAGUCGCCGCGUGUUCGGCGAACAGCGUGAGCUCGAAAAGCAGCGUCUGUAA